AAAUACUUCUUCGGCCCCAAAAUCUUCCCCCUCUCUCUUCGCUUUUUGAAAAUAACUGAAAAAAAAGCCCAUUGGGCCCACAACGAGCGAUUCAAAUCUCUAAAAGCGCGACUUCAAACAAAAGAACCAAGAAGAGAGAGAGUGAAGUCAGAACUCAGAAACUAGAGAGAGAGAGUCAUGUUCUUGAAUCAAGAUCUUAAAGUUUCUCAAUCUUUAAUACAACAAUCACACUUGAAACCCUAGAAAAACCAGCUAAAACCAGCUCUCUCUGUCUCUGCCAAAGCAAUUUCAGGAGCUCGUCGAUUCGGAAUUCUAUUUCUCACUUCCUCUUUCAGAAUGUUCAGAGAUUUCAAGUUCUUGCGCCGGAAUUCCGGAAAGAACUCCAACACAGAGGAAAUUGAGAAUGUGCCCAUAAACCCUAGGGAUUCGUUGCUUACUCAGACCAACACAGACUCUACUAGGGCUCCCUUAAACACAAUUCAAGAACCAACCCAGAAUUAUAAAGCUGUUGAUGAACAAGAAGUGGGUGGUAGGAGUAAGAUUGAUAGAACACCCACUAAGGCCAAAGGUAAAAUUUCCGAUACUGCAAUGCCGCUUCGUACUCCAGAAAAGCCAGGGGUUUUAGGGAAGAACCGAUAUGGCUGGGCUCAGUCCGGUUCGUUUACAAGUGAAUCACGUGAUGAUUUGACUAACUAUACGAGCCAAUCGAGUAGAGGGGUUGGGAUUGGGAAUAAUGGGGGUUUUGCAAAUUUGGCUACUCCUAGGUCAACUCGUACAGUGGGGAGAGCUAAUAAUUCAAGUUAUUCUGAAUGCAAUUCCACACAAAGCACUCCAACUAAGAGUGUAACUAAACCUCCAAAUCCCGGAUUCUGUCUGGCAAGUGGUUCUCGACCUCCUGUAAAUGGUGGUCGCACUGCAAACUAUGCUGCAUUGUCUAAAGGGCUUCCAAUUACUUGUAGUUCGUCCACUGUUGUUAAUACAGUUGAAGUACCACAUUUUGAUCUCAAGGAAGAUCCGUCAUUUUGGAUGGAGCAUAAUGUACAAGUUUUGAUACGUGUUCGCCCUCUAAAUAGCAUGGAGAAAGGUACACAAGGUUACAAUAGGUGCUUGAAACAAGAGAGUGCACAAUGCAUCACUUGGAUUGGGCAACCGGAAACUCGAUUUACAUUUGAUCAUGUAGCAUGUGAAACUGUAAACCAGGAAACACUGUUCAGGAUGGUUGGUUUGCCAAUGGUUGAGAAUUGCUUGUCUGGAUAUAAUAGCUGCAUGUUUGCCUAUGGGCAGACAGGAAGUGGGAAAACAUACACAAUGCUCGGAGAGAUUGAAGAGUUAGAAGUUAAGCGCAGUCCAAAUCGUGGAAUGACACCGCGCAUAUUUGAAUUCUUGUUUGCAAGAAUCAGAGCUGAAGAGGAAAGCCGAAGGGAUGAGAGAUUAAAAUACAAUUGCAAGUGCUCUUUCUUAGAGAUCUACAAUGAGCAGAUUUCUGAUCUCCUUGAUCCUUCAUCCACAAAUUUGCUACUGCGGGAGGAUACUAAGAAUGGUGUGUAUGUUGAAAAUCUCUCGGAAUUUGAAGUCCAGACUGUGGGUGAUAUUCUUACACUUCUGAGUCAGGGUUCUUCAAAUAGGAAAGUCGCUGCAACUAACAUGAACAGAGAGAGCAGUCGUUCACACUGUGUCUUUACUUGCAUAAUCGAGAGUAGGUGGGAAAAGGAUGCCACGUCUAAUCUGCGAUUUGCAAGGCUAAACCUUGUUGAUCUUGCUGGCUCAGAAAGGCAGAAAAGUUCUGGUGCUGAGGGUGAACGUUUAAAGGAGGCUGCUAACAUUAACAAAUCAUUAUCUACACUUGGUCAUGUAAUAAUGGUACUGGUGGAUGUGGCGAAUGGAAAACCAAGACAUGUUCCUUAUAGAGAUUCAAGGCUGACCUUUCUUCUUCAGGACUCACUAGGUGGAAACUCAAAAACAAUGAUAAUUGCCAAUGUCAGCCCUUCCAUCUGCUGUGCUGCUGAAACACUGAAUACUUUAAAGUUUGCUCAACGAGCGAAACUUAUUCAGAACAAUGCUGUUGUGAAUGAGGAUUCUUCAGGGGAUGUCAGUACACUACAACAACAGAUACGGCUUUUAAAAGAGGAGCUUUCUGCCUUGAAACGCCAAAAUGUCUCCAGGUCUCUGUCAUUUGGUCCAACAAGCAUGGUAGGUAUAACUGAAGAACGAGAAAAUGAAAAAGCAAUUGAAACGGAUCUACAGCGAACUGAUAAUUUGAAUCGAUCUGAAUCUAAGGACAUUCUUACGUUGUCUACUAAACAGUUAAAAUCAUUGGAGUCUACACUUGCUGGUGCCUUGAGAAGGGAGCAGAUGUCAGAUACUACUAUUAAGCAACUUGAAGCUGAAAUUGAACAGCUGAAUCGUUUGGUACAUCAAAGAGAGGAGGACACUAGGUGCACAAAAAUGAUGUUGAAGUUUCGGGAGGACAAAAUUCAACGAAUGGAGUCACUUGUUGGUGGCUUAAUAUCUGCAGAUGCUUAUGUACAGGAAGAGAACAGUGCACUCUCCGAAGAGAUUCAGCUCCUUCAAGCUAAAGUUGAUAGAAACCCAGAAGUUACUCGUUUCGCUCUGGAGAAUAUCAGGCUUUUAGAACAACUUAGAAGAUUUCAGGAUUUCUAUGAAGAAGGGGAGAGAGAAAUGCUGCUAGCUGAAGUAUCUGAGCUACGGGAUCAGCUGGUUUGUUUUCUUAACGGGAACUCGAAGCAGCAUAACCAUCCAAAAUUGGACAUGCCUCAUCAGGAACCUCAGCGUAUCUGUAAAGAAAAUGAUACACUACACUUGGAGUUGAAUAAGACUCUCAAUGAGUUAGAAAAGUGCAGAAAUAGUCUAAGCUCUUGCUUAGAGAAAAAUGCAAUACUCAGAAGAGAAAUUGAUGACCUACAUGCUUCACUAAAUAACUUCAAAUCUGCAACACUUGAUCAUGAUAACAACAUUGAAGUCAUAAAGGAGUCCAUAUUGGAAGCUCCGUCUUUGGACGAUCAAUCACUUGAGGAGACAGUUCAAGAGACGAAGCAUGAUAAUUGGAUGCAACACACAGAAGAAGUCAUGAACUUACAACUGGAGGUGGAUAUUCUAAAGAUCAUUCUCAAAGAAGAAAGGUCAUCCUCUGCUGAAAUACAGACAAGGGAACUGUGCUUGCAUAGGGAUCUUGAUACGGCAAAAGAAAAGCUUUUGUUGACAACCAGACAAUGUGAAGAUGUGAAGGAAGAGCUCAAGGAAGCAAAAUCUGUUAUUGAAGCUCUUGAAUCGCAACAAAUUCUAUCAAUCAAUGAAAUGGAGGAUAUUAGGAAUAGUAAUAGCCACUAUGCAGAGCUUUUGAGUAAACAGGAGCUUGAAAUCUCUACUUUGAAGGAGCAAAUAUUUUGUCAAGAGUUAAGGGAUCCCCUAUCUUUCAAGCAUUUAGAAAGUAAAGACUCUUCUUUACAAGGGAAGUUAAAUAAGAUGCAAGAUUCUCUUGAAAAGGCCAAGAGAUUGAAUUCAUGGUAUCAAAGUGACCUUGCAUUUCAGGCAUCUAAUGAAGAAGAAAUGGAUGAAAUCCGAAGGCAAGUUGAGGCUGAAACUGCUGAAGUAAUAGUCUGCUUGCAGGAUGAACUUGCCAUUCUUCAGCAGCAAGUCCAAGAAAGUAAUCAAAAAGAGAUAGAAACCAAAGAGAAUUUGGUGUUUUUACAAACUGAAUUGAAGGAAUUGCAUGAAAAAUUAUAUCUUUUGGGCCAAGAUAACAAAAUUUUAGGUGAAAAGGUUGAGCAGAAAGACAGAGAAUUAAGAACAAUAUCUAAAGAGUGGGAAUUGUUGACCAACGAGAUUGAACCACUUCUUGCUGAUGGUCAUGAGGCGCUCAAAGAUGCCUCAGAUCAGCUUCAAUUUAUUUCCAGUUCCUUUCCUUCGAAAAGAAAUUGGAUAUCUGAACAAGUUGGCAGGAUAAGAAAAGUAAUCUCUGAAAAGGAGUUUUUGAUUGAAGAACUCAACCAAUGUUUAGAACAUGCUAACAAUAGCAGAAGUGACAUGGAGUGCAUGCUAAGGUCUUUGAGAGGGGCAGCUUUGGUUAUAACUGAAGCACAUGAGCAAGAGUGCAGAGAAAAGGAGAAAGAAAUCCUCCUUCUGACAUCACAGUUGAGCUCAAGCACAUCUACCAUAGCAGAGCUAGAGAACAAGAUUAAGCAGGGGGAAGAGCAAAUUCAAAGAGCAACAACCUGUGCAACAGUUGCUUUUGUGAUUGUGAAUAGGUUAUCUGAGAUAAAUGCUACUCAUCUUGAUGCAUUAGAGCAUAGGGAUGCUUUUCUUCAUAAUCAGACUGCUGAAAUUGAUGAAGCAAAGAAACAGAUUCAGUCUCUCAAAAGGGAACUGUCUAUGUCAGAGGAAAGUUGCAGUCAACUUCAACAGCAGCUUUCUGUGGAGCAGAAACGUGCUUAUGCUGUUGAACAGAAGCUUGAAGAAAUUCAAGAAAGUGAUAUUUUGAAGACAAGCGAGAAACUCACUGAACUAAAAAUAGGUGUUUCAACACUCAAGUCAUGCAUGAGUGAGUAUACAGAGCAGGUUGUGAUUCCUGACAAGGAUAAUCUUCCGGCAAGUCAUGUUUGUAUGUCCAAUGAUGGCAAAUGUGAAGUAUGGACAGGUGGUGAAACAAAACAAGGAAAUGACAAUGUAGACUCAUAUUCUGUUGAGGACCUGAAAACUGAGAUUUCGGGUUGUUCAUUCAAGGUGGGCAAGAAUCCACAUGAAUAUUCACCUGAUCAGAGAAAGUUGGCAUCUGGAAGAAUUUGGAAGGAUGAGAGUGAUAGAGAUGCUACCAUUGUUCUUCUGAAAAAAGAAAUAGAAACCGCCCUUGAGAGCUUAAAAGGAGUGCAAGCUGGGAUGGCCAACCUGCGUGCUGAGAAAGAAGAGGUCUGGAUGUCAGAAAAACAGAGUCAGGAGAGCAUCAAAAGUCUUCGGACUCAGGUACUUUCCUUACAAGUGGCUAUGAAUAACUUUGAAAAGCAAUUUGGAUUCAAAAUGGAAUCGUUGGAUCAUAAGCUGCUGGCAGUUGAAGAUUCUGUGCAAGACGCUGGUAGUUGCUGGUGCCAGGAAAAAGAGUUACUUGAGCUUGAACUUGAUGAUGCAAAGAUAGUUGCGGUCCAGAAAACUGCUGAGGCUUUUUGCAUACUUGCUAAAUUCGAAGAGUCCCAAGAUAUCAUAAAAGAAGCAGAUAUUAUGAUAAAUGAGCUGAUGAUAGCAAAUCAAACCGCGAAGCUUGAAAUUGAAGAGAUGAAGAAGAUGAAGGUCACCUUGAUGAAUGAGAAGGAUAUCCUAAUCAAAGAGGUUCAGAGCUUGCAAUGCACCAAUGAUCUGAAGGCUUUGCAAUGUGAAAACCUUGAGAAACAAAUUGAUUCAGAUUUGCUAGAAAUGAAGAGGUUAGUCCUGGAGUUGGAGGGUAUCACUGCACAGGUCCAGACCACUUUUAAGCAAGAUUUCAUGUCUAUUGGCACCGAGUUCCUCUGCAUGAAGUCUCAACUUAAAGACUCAAUGAAGUUGACGCAUUCAUGGAUUGAGGACGUCUGGUCUGAGAUUUUUGUUAAGGAUUGUGCUGUCUCUGUGCUACACCUUUGUCAUAUGGGAAUACUGUUGGAAACAGUAACUGGGCUGAAUGCAGAAAAUGGUUUGCUUCACCAUGGGCUCUCUGAAUCAAACUCAGUCAUUUCUGAGUUGAGGGAACACAAUUUCAAAUCGAAAAGAGAGUUAGAUAUGUGUAGAAUCCUGAAGGGGAAACUGUUGGCUGACAUCAAGAAUGGUUUUGAUCGCAUCUCAAGAAAAGAAGAUGAAACUGGUGAACUCACUGUCAAGCUAACAACUUUCGAGAAAAAACUAUUAGAUCUACAGUUUCAGGAGGAGUUAAUGUUGCAAAGGUCCCAUCAUAUGGGAUCUGAGCUUGCCAUGUUAAUGAAAGAGUUAGACCUGAGUAAUGGAAAUAUUUUGAAAUCACUGUUGGAUCAAGAAAAAUUUCUGAAGGAUCGAGAGGAUGUCUUGAAAUUUCAGGAGGAGAAUUUCAUAGUGGACCUUUGUGCAAAAGACUUUGAGUUGCUUGUCCUGGGAUCAACUUUGGAACAGAUGGCUUUCCAAGAAGCUAAUGUGGAAGAAGAAAAACUAAGUUACUCUACAAUUCUUGAAAACUUCAAGAGAGAUUUGAUUUUUCUCAGAGUCGAUGCAGAGUUGAAAGAAUUGAUCUCGCUGGAUAAGGAAGUUGAGGUUGCUCUCCUACAGAAAGAAGUUGAAGAAGCACAAAGGGAGAGGCAUGAUUUGUUUUCAAAGAUCAAUGAAAGCAAUUCUGCAAUGGCGCAGAUGGCUGAAAUAAAUGAGGCUCUUGAGCUAGAUAUUCAGUCACUAAAAGAUAUUGCUCUUUCACAUGAUACUUUGAAAGGUGAACUUGGUGAAAUGAUGGAAGAAAAGAUGAGAUUGUUGUCCCAGGUUCAAAAACUAGAAGCUGAGCAUGAAAAAUUACUAGAAGAGGUAAAGAAAAAGGAAACAGCUCUAGAAAUUUCUUCCAGCCGUAUCUCUGCCCUUGAUCAACAAAACAAAAUGUUGCAGGAUGGCAUUUCCUUGCUGGAAAUAUCAUCGUGCAAACUUGAAGAUGAGUUAAAGAUGAACGAUGUGGAACUAAGCAAAAUGAGCUGCCUUAAGGAGGACAAUGAGUCACUGGAAAAUGAAUUAAGGAAGUUGAAGGAAGAAUAUUGUGCAAUUGUUCAACAUUUGGAGGAUAAGAAAUCUGAACUUGGAUCAUGUUUAAGCCAUAUGAAUGCCGUUAAUAUGGAAAAGGAUAGGUUGCAAGAUACAAUUUCUUCCCUGGAGACUCACAUUGCCAAUUUACAGACUGAUCUGAACAUGGUGCAUGCUGAAUUCAAUGAAGUCCAACUUUCUCAGUCUGUUGCUAGGGAUGAGUUAUGCUCAAAAGGCCAGGAUUUGCAAAUCUAUGUUGACAGAGUUGAUGCUUUGAAGGAGGAGAAUGUUUCCUUGAAAAAUGGGCUCCAAUCUCAAUGGAAGAAUAAUUACAAGCUGCUCUCUGCAUUAAACUUGAAGGUGGUUCAGUGUGUUGAUUCAGUUGAAAAUGUGGACACGGCUGGUAGCAGAAUAUAUGAUGUACUGAAUGAUGCAAGUGCUGCUUUAGAAAAGAUGUUUCGAGAGAUGUGCGAAAACUUGGAAAUGGCAUCUAAGUUCGUGGAAGAGCUAGAGUACUUGGAGAAACUUGCUAAAGAGCUUAUGUCUGAAAAUUUGUCUCUUCAGACUGAUUUGUUGAGGAAGGAUGACAUUUUAAAAGGAUUGGCAUUUGAUCUAAGCUUAUUGCAGGAGUCUGCAUCUAACAGUAAGGACCAAAAAGAUGAAAUUGAAGAAUUGACUGCUUCUUUAGAGGAUUUAGAAGCUGAGCUUGCAGUAAGAUUGCGUGAGCUUGACGAAGCAGUUGCUAAUGGCCAAACACUUGAAGCUCAAUUGCAAGAGAAGACCAGCAUUAUCUGCACUCUUCAGUUGGAUAUCACAAAAAUGCAGGAGUCUGUAAAAUCACUCUCCAGCAAAAACCUUGAGCUGACAGCUAAAAUUGAAGAUGCUUUAGAGGUAAGAAGGUCCGUUGAGGAGGAGUUAACAGAGAGGGGGAAGCUAAAUGUGACUUUAGAACUGGAACUCGUCGAAAUGGGUACUGCUCUUGGAGAAAUGAACAAUUCCAUUGAAUCCUUGAACAGCCAUUUGAAUGAGGUUACUAGCGAGAGGGAUGAGCUCCACGAGGAAGUUCUUAUACUCAAGGAGAAAUUAGAGAUGGCACAAGCUCUUUCUGAAGAAAACGAAGCAAUUGCUAUGGAAGCUCAACAGAUAGCUGAGAGCAGAAAGCUCUAUGCCGAAGAGAAGGAAGAGGAGGUGAAGCUAUUGGAGAGGUCGGUGGAAGAGCUAGAAUGUACCGUGAAUGUACUGGAAAAUAAGGUUGACUUUAUCAAAGGAGAAGCUGAACGGCAACGGUUGCAGAGAGAGGAGCUAGAAAUGGAGCUUGAUGCAAUAAAACAGCAAAUGCACAAUGUCAAAAGUAGUGAUGCUGACAUGAAAAGGUGAAAAUAAUUAUUAGACC